AUGGAAAACAGACUCCCAGGUGUGGAAUACGCCGAUCGUGCCUGCAAUUCCUGCAGACAACGUCGUGUCAAGUGUGACAAGAGGCUCCCCGCCUGUCUGCGGUGCGAGAAGCUAGGAAGACCCUGUACGGGCUAUGACCUGGAGCGCAAGUUCCUCGAUGAGGGAGUCAAGGUUCGACGAAAGUACGAUGGGAACUUCCAAUCCCCGGACUCUGCUAGGGCGGUAGUCACCACUCCGCCCAGUGUCGGUGCCGGUGCCGGGACAGGUGCUGUGUCUGGACAAAGAAUCAAUCUCCCUCCGAUCCAAGGGAAUUUCAAGUUCACCCCGAGCAUUCCGGCCAUUCCGCGAAUCAUAUCACCGCCGACCUCUUCUGCACACCAUCUCCCAAGCAUACAAGCGGGGCCUGAGACUAGCGGGACGUUGGCCCCGAAUAUACAAUUCCCAGCCUUUGGGGUGCUCAAUGAGCAGAGUCCCAGCUUCACACCGUUUCCAGGCACGCCUCCUCAGCCUCAGGCCAGUCUGUCACCCCCAGUGACGGCUCCGACAAAUUUCCAAUAUGCACCGCCACCUCCGCAACCGCCGUCAGAAUUUGCUCAGGGCGGAUAUCAGGAACAGACGACGGCCAAGUUGCUACUUGGAAAGCCACAGUAUGAUCCGUCCGACUUGGACUCGUCCGUGAGCGUCGACGAAGACUAUUUCGAUCUCGACAUCGAAGCCUAUUAUUCCAAGGGGAACAAUGCGUGUGGCUUUAUCCCUGGUCUCCCGGUGAUCCUCACGGACACCAAUGUCCCCGAAACCGACGACGACUUUCUGACGAGUGACUUCGGCUCCGUCAGUGGAAGGUCAUCCGUGUACGAUGGCACUGAAGGGAACCGGGCCAGCCGCUCCGAGUACAGCCAAAAAUACCUGCACGAAAAGACGACCGAACUGGCCUGCUUGACGCGGCAUUUUGUACAAUCGGUUUCACCAUCCAUGGAUCUUUUCGACCUCGAUACAUACUUCAGUCGGAUAGUGCCGCUGAAGGCUGUGCAGAAUGUGAUGCUGAGAUCCGCGAUGGCUGCAGUGGCAGCAAAUCAGAUCGGUCAGAUGAUGGCCAAUCACUCGCCGUUGGAAGACCUGCAACAUCUUAUACCGUUCGUCGGAGAAGGGGGUACGCUGCAACACACGGACUGGUUCUACAAGGCUGCGAACUACUACGACCGCGGCAUAUCGUACUUGAGAAUCUUUCUUCAACGCUGGCUCAGCGAUACAAGCAACGAAGGGCUAACGGGGCACGCAUCGAGAUAUAACUCGGGACGACAUCUCUCUGACAGUAGCAACAGCGGUGCCAUCAGCAAUUCUCCCAACAAACGACGCCGUAUAAGCCGAGGACAACCCUCGGAUGGUGCGGACAUGGAGGCUUUAGUGGCUGCAAUCUCCGUGUUUUCUCUGUACGAGUCGUUGGAUAACUUUGCAGACGACUGGUCACAGCAUCUUGAUGGGUUCAAGGCACUCUUGGAGAGCAAGAUCCUGCCACAGGCGGUGCAGUCUGUACCUCGUCCCCGCGCCGACCCGUUCAUAUCUAUGAAGGCUGGCCGAGCCGCGUUCUGGAAUUUCGCUCGCGCCGACUAUCUGGCGGCGUACGUCAACCACUCGAAGACUCGCCUUGAUCCGGAUAAUUUGACCAUGUGGAAAGCUGCAGGUCUGCCUGUCAUGGACGAUGGGACAUUGAACUACAACGAUCCCUCGACGCCCAUCAACGCGAUCGUGUCCUACCAACCGGGCGAUCGAGAGGACCUGGUGUCGUGCACCCUGAUAUGGAUCGUUCUCCGGACGAUGAACUUCAUCGCGCCACAAGACGAUGUGGCAGGGAGUACGACGGGCACGCCACGACCUUUCGACAGUCCUGCUGCCCCAGCACCCGGCAGGACUACUCCUUCAGAGCCAGGCACGCCCAGCGGCAUUCAAACUCGCGUGGCGCGGUGGCGCCAACUACGUCGACAACUUGAAGACUGGUACGACAAUUUGCCGUUCACCUUUCAACCUUAUGCGAUCGCUGCCGCCGGGGCGCAACACCCCUCAGAUCUCCUCCCAGAUGGGAGACCGCGCUUCGCGAGGUUGUUUUUCAGCGUGCCCAUGUGUGCGGCCGCUCUUCAACUCUACCACUUUGCCCAAAUCCUGCUCCUCUUGAAUCAACCCGUGGACGAACACGACGCCCGACAUCCAGCAAACCGACUCCGGAUGUUCCGACAGGUGGCCGAAGAAUCCGAGCAUCACAGCCGGCAGAUCUGCGGCAUUGCGCUAGGCAAGCCACCCCCAGCUGUCAGCAGACAGAUGGUGCACUCGCUCUACCUGGCUGGAUCCUGCUUUGAGGAGAAGGAAGAUCGGACCGUUGUCCUGGAACUGCUGGCGAACAUCGCCAAGGAGGCCGGCAGCCCGACCGCUCCUCGGAUCAGGGAGCUGAAAGAGCAAUGGGGCUGGCAGGACGAGCCCAAGGUCCGAGAGAUCUCAUGA